UCAAUCUCAGCUGACUUCACGUUCUUGAGUCAGAUCGUCAUAAAAAAGUGCGAGCUUUGUGGUGCGGAAUUUUUUCUCUCGUCAAUUUUCCGUGUUUUUCCACUAUUGUCGUGUAUAAAAUAGUUGUAAAACGGACAAUCGGUGUCGAGUGCAGUGGGUGGUGAAGUUGUUUUGUAUGUAAUAGCGUGGGCAAGGCGAGGAGAUUGCUGAGAAAUCGAGACCCUCCAGGCACAGAAGCAUGACGAUUCCGUCACGACCGGCUCCGGCUCCACCGCAGCAGCGUUCAUCGACAGCGUCACAGCUGCGCUACACGCCCACAACGGACUGGGAUGACUCGCCAUUCGACAUGGCAACCAGCGCAGCGUCGGGAGCGAGUCAGGGAGUUGGACGGAAGGUUCCGCCGCCACGGCCGCCGCCGCCAAAAGCCACGAAACCGCCCCUGAAGAAGAGCGGUCAGCCGCAAUCAGUGAACAUCCUGUCCAAUCUGUUUGGCGCCACGGGACGCAGGGCCAAGACGCCGCCCACGAAGGCAACGGGGCCUCACAUUGGGGCGCUCAAGUUACCACCGCCAAAGAUUCUGCCACCGCCAACAACGAAGCAUCAAUCAGCAACCAGUGACGUACAACUAAUUGACUUCAAUUCUCCGCCAAGUUCGCCGACAUUCACCCAAAAAUCCAACAGCGAUUGCGUGAGUGUGGACAGCUUCAGCUCUGAUUCCAACUAUUCGCCCAACAACGGACACUCGUCGCAGGCUGAGAGCGGCUUCGAGGAUGACUUCACCGCGGUGGAUGUGUUGCAGAGCAACAGGGACGCGUGGGGAGACACCGCUGAUCCCUUCACCUCGCCGCCAGUCAGUCAAAACUAUGUGGGACCAAAAAUUCGUCCGCCAGUAGCACAAAAGCCCGUCCAUCUGGCGGGUUCGUCUUCCUUCUUUGCGCCCAGCAUCACAGGAAGUCAGCCAGCGAGGGGCGGCGGAGGCGCUAAGUUCGACGAUCCACUGUGCAACGGCAAGACUCUCGUGGCUCCAACACCUGUCGCCACCGCACCGACUAUCAUUAAGCCCAGCAUCGCGCCGAAGCCGAGCGCUUUGGGUAGCAAAUCGGGCGGCAGCGUGGCGAAACUCAAGGGAGUCUUCCAGCAGGACAGCCUCGAGGAUCCGUGUCCCUCGCCGCCUAUGCCAACGUGUCCGCCGCCUCCGCCCCCGCCAGCCUGCUACCUCGACGACACUGAGGAGACGGCGAGCUACGGCGUCGCUCUGUACACGUUCGAGACGGAAGAAGUCGGAGACUUGAACUUUAGAGAAAACGAGAAAAUCUAUCUGCUGAGGCAAAUCGACGCCGAGUGGAUGUACGGAAGGAACAAGCGGGGCUGUGAGGGAAUGUUUCCGAUUAACUUCAUUGAAAUUCGUGUGCCACUGAAGGAAGAGGUGCCACAGAAGCCGCAGACAAAUGGCCAUGCGGCGGGCAAGAGUGUGACUGGCGGCAGUUGUGCGCGGAAAGCGAGGGUGCUGUUCGACUUCACGGCGGAAAUGCCAGAAGAUCUUACCAUAAGGGAGGGCGAAAUGGUGGAUGUUCUGCGCGAAAUAAACUGCGAGUGGCUGUUUGGCACCAUCAGAAAUCGCACAGGUCAAUUUCCAGCGAAUUUUGUCGAAUUUAUCUAAGAGAAGAGCACACAAAAUUGCCUUAAAACAUCACCUUGGCGAAAAGAGGUCAGAUAUGAUAAAAUGGAAUUGAUAUAGAAGAGGAAUAAUUACUGAAAUUGUCAUUAGGAUAUAACGGUAGGACAACUUUUUACAAUUUACAAAUUAUCAAUAUACAGAUUGUAGAUGUAGUGCAGAUGGGGUUUUUCCCUUUUUCGAGGAGGACAGAAACAAGGAAAUUGCAAGAGAGAAAAAUCUCUAAAAAACUUUCUAUACAGUUUUAUUACCUUGCUAAGGAAUCAUUGUAAUGUAUUAAGCAUAUAAUUGAGAUAGAAAUAAUCUAAAUGUGAUUGAGAUCUGUUCUGGAUUUAGUAUUGAGCGUCUUCCGACGAUGUCUUCGCGGACUCGAAGGAACGAAGCACGAGGAUUCUGUGUGUAAAUAUUUGACUAUACAACACUAUCGAUGAUAUCCAAUCAAAGUGAAACAUAUUUAUUUGUAAAA